GGGCCUACGCAGAAGCGAAGAAAGCAGAGAGGGGAAGGAUGUAGCUCCAACAGACUCUGCCAUAUUCCCCACCAUGGGUGACAUGAAAACUCCAGAUUUCGAUGACCUUCUGGCAGCUUUCGAUAUUCCUGACAUUGACACGAACGAGGCCAUCCAUUCCGGCCAUGAGGAAGCUGAUGCUCACAUCAAGCAAGUCCCCGGGGAGCCGGGACCCCCUGACCAUGUCCUCCCCCACACAGACAUCACCGCUGUCAGCGUGAUCGUGAAGAACACCGUCUGCCCCGAGCAGCUCGAUGCCCUGGACGGGCGCAGUAAAGAUGGGCACGUCAUUGGGCCCCGCUUGCUGCAGAAUGGCUUUGGGGCCACCGAGAUGCCCAGGUCCCCCACCUCCAGGUCUGUGGAAGCUGUGGCAUCCUCCAACGGGGAGUGUUGGGUGAAGGAAAAAGGCCCCAAACCCCUGGAUAUCUUCUCCCAUUUUAGCCCCGAUCCCAAUGAAGACAACGCUGCCAACCUGAUUGACAGACCCCGGGAGUGUAAGCCGAAAGAGAAAUCCCUUGCCGUGCCCUCCCUCUCCCCGUCUCCCACCCCGUCGCUGGACUGCAAAGAGCCGAUGGGAGAGAGCACGGAGAACCUGCCCGCGGCUUUCCCGCAGUCCUUUGAAACGAGCCAGGCAGGGGGUGCAAACGGGUCCCCUCCUACCAUCCCCUGCAUCAAAAAAGAGGAGUCUGACUCUGAGGAGGUGGGCCGCGAAGCCAGCCCGAAGGGUUUGGCUGCAGCCUUGGGUGACAGUCCCUUGGAUCACCUGAAAUCGGUCACCGUUCGCUACUCCACGGACGAUUCUCCCAUCACGUCCUGGCCCGGUUCUGACCCAAACCUCGACAGCAGCGCCAGCAACCUUCCUGAAGUGAAACGCUCGCCCGCCAGCCCCCGGGAGCCGUUCUUCAAGGCUUCCUCACCGGUGGUACAAAGCCCCAGACUCCCCACUUCGCCAAAGCAGCUGGACAACAUCGCCCUCAAGGAAGAGCAAGAAGUUCUCGAGAAGUCGAUGGGAAGUCCGCAGAGUAUGUCCAGCGCUGAUGAAGAGGAGGAGGAAGAAGACAACAACAAUGAUUCCCCUUCUUCCAAUUCCUCGCGGCCCCUGAAAGUGCGGAUUAAAACCAUCAAAACAUCUUGUGGCAGCAUCACCCGGACAGUGACCAGGGUCUCAUCAGAUUCAGAGCCGGGCUCCACCAAGGGGCUGGCCGAACAGAGCUCUCAGGAGACCUCUCUUGAGGGUGCCAGCUUCUCAGCAUCAGCAGACAAAGAGGAAGGGAUCGUGCUGGAGGUGCCCAAGGAGAAGAUGGAGCUCUCCAGCCCCUUGAAAACCAUCGAGGGGCCAAAAAUCGUCAGUGUUCAGCUUGGCAAUGGCACCAAGCUCAAAGGGACUGUCUUGCCCGUCUCCACCAUCCAGAACGCCAGCAGCGCCAUGCUGAUCGCUGCCAGCGUGGCUCAGCAAAAAUCCGUGGUGCUGCCGGCAAAGACGGGUAAAGCCGUGGCCAAGAACAUCAUCAAUCUGGUGCCGCAGACCCUGCCCAAAGCCGACACCAGGACCAACAUCAGCACCGUGACGCAGACCACCACCAUCACCACCACGGCCAACCAGAAAGUCAACGGCACCACAGUUGUGAUGGUGCAGCCGCAGAAGCCUUCCCCUACCAUCGCGGGCACGGUCAUUUCCCGGAGCCAGUCCAGCCUCGUGGAAGCCUUUAACAAGAUCCUCAACAGUAAAAACCUCUUGCCAACGUACAAACCCAACCUGAAUCCUCCGGCCGACGCGAGCCUCACCCUGCCUCCCUUCGGUUACCGCUGCCUGGAGUGUGGGGACUCCUUCGCCCUGGAGAAGAGCUUGGCUCGCCACUACGACCGGCGAAGCAUGCGCAUCGAGGUAACCUGCAACCACUGCACCAAACGCCUCGUCUUCUUCAACAAGUGCAGUUUGCUCCUGCACGCCCGGGAGCACAAGGACAAAGGCCUGGUGAUGCAGUGCUCCCAUUUGGUCAUGAGGCCGAUUGCUUUGGAUCAAAUGAUCGGACAGCCGGACAUCACCCCCCUGGUCUCGGUGACCUCCUUCCCCGCUAGCAAAGUGACUGGCGUGGCUCAGGACGCCUUGGCCGCGGCCAACGGGGCUCAGGACCUCCCCAUCCUGCCUCUGAGCAACAGCUCGGAGCAGACCAACUACAGCUGCUUCAGGUGCCUGGAGUGCAAAGAGCAAUGCAAAGACAAAGCCGGGCUGGCCGCGCAUUUCCAGCAGGCAGUGACCACGGGGACGACCAGCAGCACGGUUUGUACAACGUGUCCCAUGAUCAUGUCCAAUCGCUGCAGCUUUAACGCCCAUCAGCGGAUGCACAAAAACCGACCUCCCCACGUCUGCCCCGAGUGCGGAGGGAAUUUCCUCCUGGCGAACUUCGAGGCCCACCUGAAGGAGGCCUGCCUGCACUUCUCCCGCAGAGUGGGGUACAGGUGUCCCAGCUGCGCUGUGGUCUUCGGCGGGGUCAACUCCAUCAAGUCCCACAUCCAGACCUCCCACUGCGAGGUGUUCCACAAGUGCCCCAUCUGCCCCAUGGCGUUCAAGUCAGCCCCCAGCGCCCAUGCCCACGUCUACACGCAGCACCCCGGCUUCAGCAAUCAGCAGUCCAAAAUGAUUUACAAGUGUGCAAUGUGCGACACGGUCUUCACCCACAAGCCCCUGCUCUCCUCCCACUUCGACCAGCAUCUGCUCAACCAGCGGGUCAGCGUCUUCAAGUGUCCGGACUGCCCGCUGCUCUUCGCCCAGAAGCGCACCAUGCUGGAGCACCUGAAGAACACUCAUCAGCCCCAGAAGCCCAAGGAAGACCUGGCAAAGAAGACGGCCGUCCUGCUCACGCCGAAGCAGGAGCCUGUCGAAACCCCCGUGUCCAAGAUCUCGGAGGAGUCGUCGUCCUCCACGGAGGAGGAUGAGCCCCCCAGCUCCCCGGAGCUGCGCAAGACCAAGCGAAGCCGCUUCCAGCGCAAGACGGUCAACAAGUCGAAGGGCAGCGGGUGGACGUGCGGCGUUUGCCACUCCUGGUUCCCGGAGCGUGACGAAUACGUCUCCCACAUGAAGAAGGACCACGGCAAGUCGGUGAAGAAGUUCCCGUGCCACCUGUGCGAGCGUUCGUUCUGCUCGGCUCCCAGCCUCCGGAGACACGUGCGAGUGAAUCACGAAGGGAUCAAGCGCGUCUAUCCCUGCCGGUACUGCACGGAGGGCAAAAGGACCUUCAGCAGCCGCCUCAUCCUGGAGAAACAUAUCCAAGUGCGACACGGGAUCAAGGUGACCGACCAGACGAAGAGCCAGGAGGUCGUUAUCGCCCGGAUAGGGACCGGCACCACGCAGGUGUCCAGUCGGAAGCGGAAGCUGUCCUCGGACGAGGGCGACUCGUGCAGCGAGGAGCCUGACAGCACCACCCCUCCCUCCAAAAACCCCAAGGGCGACCGCAAGGCCCCCUUCCGGUGCCGAAAAUGCGGUUACCUCGCCAGCAGCUCAGCCGACUUCCAGGAACACAUCCCCCAGCACCGGACUGACGAGAGCUCCCACCAGUGCCGGGAGUGCGGGCUCUGCUUCACCUCCCAGGUCUCCCUCAACCGCCACCGCUUCAUCACCCACAAGAAGAAGAAGGGAGCGGGCGAGAUGGAGGAACCGGGGCCCCGGAGCCCCCUGGAAGGAGGCACCCAGCACGCGGCCGACGGCAAGCUCUCCUGCAAGGUGUGCGGCCGGUGCUUCGACAGUCAGCUCAACCUCAAGACGCACUUCCGCACCCACGGUAUGGCCUUCAUCCGUGCCAGGCAGAACGCGAGCCCCGAAAACUAGGGCCCCGGCAGAGGGGGAACGAGACAUGUAUAUAAUCAGCCCAGAGCUCUCUGCGACAGAGGCUGCCGGUGCCCGCCGGGGCUCCCCCUCCCUCCCUCCCUCCUCCUGGGCAGCGUUUCGACACGGGGUUGGAUAAAGGAGCCGUGAAGAGAGAGACGAGAACCCGGCGUGCACAAUCCGGCCUGACUCCGUGUGCCUGGCUCGCUGAAUCGGCUCGGCCGGCAUCCCCCCUGGGCCGGGGGGCUCAGCCCACCCCCUGGUUUGUGGGCAAGAGCCGGGGGAAAAAUCCGGCAGGAUUUCGGCUGCCUUAUUGUACGGGAGAUGAAGGGCAGAGUCCGGACUCGCUGCCCUGCUCUCGGGGAGAGCAGCGGUUUGCUCGCUGUUCGCUGCUCUGUCCUCACGCGGGGACGUGACCUGCGCCACAGCCGCUCGUGUCUGCGGGGAGGGACAGCGGCCUUCCUCCCGCGGGGACGAGGAUGGGAGAAUGACACCUCCCACCCCGCAGCCGGUGUUGGCCAUCCUGAGUCACGGGCUCUUCUUUUACACCGCGGGUCUCUUCCCGGCGGCUCUGUCCGGGACGCGCCGUGCUGGAAGGGAAGCCCGGCCGAGGCAGCGGCAGCCCUCGGGGAGUGCCGGAGCCGGGCAGGACCUGGGGACCAGGGGAGGCUUCUCCAUCGCAGGACAGAGAUGUCUGUGCUGACAAUAACGUCACAGCAAAUCCACCUUUUUUUUUUUUUUUUCCUUUCCCUUUCGAAUGUUGCUUAUUUUGUAUUUUGCCGGGAGCUGCGGGGAGAAGCCGAUUCCAGACUCGCGGCCGGUCUCCAUCGCCGCAGAGGGACGCCCCAGCCCCUCCUCGGCUCUGCUCGCCUGCCAGACGCGCGCGGUCCCUCUUCACCAUCACUUGCACUAACUCGAGGCGGCGCUGGCCUUCGGACGCUCCUCGCUUCGUGCCCCAGGACGGCUGCGCUUGGGGCCCCGGCUGGCAGCCUUCCUCGGGGAGGAGGAGGAGGAGGAGAUUUUCGUUUGGCAGAGGAAAAACAGAAGCCAAAACAAGGCCUCUGGGUGAGAUCGGCGUGAGCCCGGUGGCACCAUCACCCCCCUGCCCACCGCGAAGCUGUGCCGAGUGUUUGCCGGCGCUGCAGCGAGGGGGGACCUCCCCACGCCCCGACCAGGAUCCGUGCCGGCCGCUCUCCGGGUGAAGGGGCCGUGAGGAGGGAAAGCCGCUGCCGAAUCCUGUUACAGACUGGAACACUGACGGUGAGUCUUGGGGGCUUCUUCCAGGGGCGCUGGCGUCACCCACUGCUGCCCCUCCCCUUCCCGCCCGGCUCCGGGGGGCGAGGGCUCCGCUACCGCCUGGCCUGCAGACGGGCUCGGCUUUACCGGCUGCUCCUCUUCCUCGGCAGUCCCCUUCGCGGGCGCAGAGCGGCUCCCGGCACGGCUCAGGACCGCGGGGCCGGACCGAGCUCCCCCUCGGCCGCUGUGAACCCCGCGCACACGCGUGGGCGAGAGCUCGGCCCCGGCACAGCGGGGUCUCGCCUGCGUGGGGCUCUCGCCGCCUCCCGCCAUUCCCUUCGGGGAAGGCGAAAAAAACAGCCGGAAAAGAAACUUUCUACUUGUUCUGUUCGUUUAGCGCCUGUGCUUGGGGUAGGGUGUUUGUGUGAGUAAUUAUUUCAGUAACUUAACUUUGGGCUCCUUCUUAUUUCCUUGUGAAUAACCUCUAACACGCUGUGUAAAGUUGUAUCAUACACUAAAAGUGAGAAAAAAAAAAAAAAACAAACUACUGUUGUGAUUUUGGGUUUUGUUUUGUUUUUUCUUAUUUUCCGGGGUUGGGAAAGCUGGUUU